AUGGCUUCGAAAAGAAAACGUGUUGUGCUAUCGUUAGCGGACAAACUGAAAAUUAUAGAGCAACUCGAUAAAGGUGUAACGGAUAAGAAGUUGUCUGAGAUUUAUGGUUUUGGACAAGCAACAAUUUGUGACAUUAAAAACAGUAAGUCAACACUUUUAAACUUUGUUUCGGUGCUUGAAAAUGAAGAUGGAAGUUCCUCCAGGAAAACAAUGAAGACAGCAACCAACAAAAAUUUGGAAGAUGCCGUGUUUAAAUGGUUUUUGCAGCAACGUUCUAUGGGAAAUCCGAUUUCAGGUCCAAUCAUUUGUGAAAAAGCCAAAAUCUUAGCAGAAAAGCUUGGUUAUUCAUCUUUCAAGGCUAGUAACGGCUGGCUAAGGAACUUUAAAUUCAGGCAUGGUGUACGCGAGUUAGAUUUGGCUGGUGAGUAG